GUCUUGCACGACAAACGAACACGCCGAUCCCGACAAUGGAGGUCAACACGGACCGGCCGCUGGACGAUGAUGCCAGCGUCAUCGGCCUCACCGAAGUCGAUCCCUCGCCCGUCGACACGCCGCCCGAGUACCGCGAAAAGAGCUAUUUCCCAGACCAGGAGCGGCCCGAGGGGGGCGAGACGGAGGAAAUGAGGGGGGUACGACGCAUGAACACAUUGGGAUUGAGAUUGGGCGAGCGGGGGCCAGCAUGGUGGCUUCUCCGCAUACAAAAGUACUCGUCCUACACAUUCACCGUCUUCGCGACCCUGCACAUCACAAAUGUCUCGAUAUUACCCCUGGCUACCCGCUCCGUCGUCGAAAGUAACCGCUACCUGCUUCUUACCCGUCCUUACUACCAGUCUCCUCUCACCGAACCCCUGCUCGUUGGUCUGCCGCUGGUCGCACACAUCACGUCGGGGAUUGCGCUGCGGUUGUGGAGAAGACGGAAAGCGCUACAGCGAUAUGGUGCCGAGACUCGCAGGGAUAAGCGCACAAUUCCAUGGCCCGUCAUCAGUGGGACGAGUGCCUUGGGGUAUGCCUUGGUGCCGCUGGCGGGAUUCCACAUGUGGACGACAAGGAUACUGCCUUUGUAUGCCCACGGAGACUCGUCGCUGAUUAGCCUGAACUACAUUUCCCAUGGUUUUGCGCUGCAUCCUGGUGUUUCGUUUGCUGGCUUCUCCGCCCUGGCGACUGUUGGUGUGUGGCAUAUUGUUUGGGGAGCGGCCAAGUGGAUGGGUUUUGCACCGAGUCAGGUCAGCCAUACAGAAGAGCACAGGGGGUUGGUGAGGAAGAGGAGGUGGUAUACGAUCAAUGGCAUCAGCGCAGCAGUGACCCUGCUUUGGCUGGGAGGUAGUCUUGGUGUGGUGGGCCAAGAAGGCGCCAUGGCAGGAUGGGUUGGAAAGGAGUAUGAUGAGUUAUACAAAUACCUGCCGGCUAUUGGAAAGUGGUAGGAAGGGUGCCGAAGAAGAUGGGAAAGGCCAAGCGCGCAUAUUGCAUUGUAAAAUACCCCUCAUAACAAGCAACGAUUCACGAUAUCUACGUGUCAUGCAUGAACAAUUCAUGGCUAGCUCAAUAGUCG